AUCAUAUUUUUCCUUAUAACAUUAAAUCAAUAUAACUUUUAUCAUAUUUUUUCUUAUAACAUGAAAUCAUUAUCACUAUUACCAUGUUUGUCCGUAUAACUCAUUCUCUUGUUUUACUCGACAGUUAAGAAAUGUUUUGAAUGACAAAAACAAAUUAUGGGAGCGGGAGAUGCUGAUUUAUCAGAUGAGCAGUCUUAUCGACGCCUCCCAGAUCAGUGUGAUAGAGCAGUCGAUGCGAGAGAUAGAAAGUGACGUUAGCACGGACAGCGGUAACUGUAUCACUUUCCAGGAAAAAGAGGGAGCCUUCCGUGACCGGCAUGACUUCGUGUAUAUAACGCUGGCGAGCGAUGGUUGGUGUAGAACAGAUAAUGUGGGGAUGGUUGGAGGACGACAGAAACUUUACCUCACAAGCGACUGUAUGUACAAACGGGAGAUCAUGUCUCUACUGUUGGUCACUUUGGGUUUGUACCAUGAGCACCAGAGACCAGACAGAGACCAGUACAUAGAUGUACACAUGGACAACGUACAGAAUAUUGCAAGAGCAUCGUUUGUGAAGAUACCUGCAGGCGCAACAGACCUACUAGGGUUUCCUUAUGACUUUGACUCCAUCACACAUUUCGGUCCUUAUUCCUACGCCAACAAUCCAAGAUUUCCCACAAUCACCACGAACGUUUCUGACGUUAGCUUCGGUAUUGAACACAGGCUCAGCUAUCAUGACGUUCUCAAAGUGCAGACACUCUACAUUUGUGGCCACGAUACAUCACACAUCACCAACAGCCCAGCAUUUGCUGUAAACUGCAACUUCGAGAACAUCCUAUGUAACCUUGCCGAUGAUUACAAAGACGAUUUCAAAUGGAUCAGGCAAAACGCUGGCCUAGGUUCUAACGGACCCUCAGCUGACCAUUCCAGUGGAGGCGGAUACUACCUGUACUCCAACGGAACAGGAAAUUACAACAAAACAUCUCGACUGUUGUCAGCGAGGGAGAUACCACCAGGGGAGUACUGCAUCGCCAUGCACUACUUUAUUGUCGGCGACAAUGCGGCGACCUUGAUCGUGAGGUCAUAUGAUUACGUCAAUGACACAGAGUCGACGUUGUCAACUCGGACAGCAAACGUUGGGAGCAAUGUUGACGGUGGUUGGUUCCAGUACAGGACUUACUACAAACAAAUGGCCCAUAAGUGGAGAGUACAGAUAGAAUGUUAUAUCGAAAACGAGGCUGGUGGCGCAGCAAUCGAUGACGUUCAGAUCUACCCCGGAGUCUGUUCCUAGACUUCUGACUCCUUCGGCUAAUCCAUUGCUUGUAAUGAAACAUAUUAGAGUUCCAUUUAUUUUUGAAUAAAUUCUUUUCUGAAGAAACCA